AACAAUUCAAGUGACGUCACUCGAAUGGAUCCAUGGAGCCUUAGCACAUCUAAAAUUACAUGAGCUCUAGAAAAAUAUUGCACUGCGAACACCAUGUAUAUUUAAUUGUUCAACAAAGCAUUUACAAAGUGAUUUAAAAAGUGUUCGUGCAACGGAGGUGAUUUUAAAUAAAGAUCAAAGCGAGAAAAUAAAAUUUGAAGAGCGAGGGAUUAUUAUCCAGUUGCUUUGGUUACUGCGAUUCUAUUAUUUCGUGUGUUCUAAAAAUGCAAAGAAAGAGACCACCAACGAGGAUCAAACCGACUACCUACUAAUACAAAACUAAGCUAAGCAAACUAUGUGAUAACUGCAUAGGCUAAGUCAAAUACGUCCAAGAUGCCAGUUGUUUCACCGUCACGGUAUACAUCCACCUCUUCCAACCUUACCGGAUCAUACCGGUCUACUCUGACCUCAUCUUCUAGCUUAGAUAAGCCAUACUACAGGUCUACAGGUACAUAUACCACGUCCACACUAAGAAGCUCCUAUGGAGAUAGGACCACAGAAUAUAAAUCAAGGUACUCAGAUGUCGAUGGAAAGAUUGAAAGGAAGACCUCCUUGGUCGAGUAUACAAGGAGUUCCCGAGCCCCUAGUGUUACAGAUUCUGAUAGCGGGAUAUCAUCAAGAUAUAGAACGGAUAGAAGUGAAUCCAGGUCAAGAGAUAUAUCAACAACGCGCAGUGAAAGCAGUAAAGCGGACACUUCUAGAAAUUCAAAGAGGGGCUUUAUUAGUUCUGCAGCUUUAGCGAUGUCAACCGCUGAGUUGUACAAUAAGUAUUCUCCAGCGAACUAUAUACCGUUAACGCAGAGAAUCCAACAACAACAGCAGCAAAAUCAGAGUAACUAUGGAGAGAUUGCGAGGUCCAAGUCUAUAUCUAAUGAUAUUGGACGACCGCCCGCACCAGAUUCAUAUAGGGCUGCCCGAAGAGCGAGGAAUACAACUGCUGCGACUAUAACAGAGAAACCUGAAGGAAGAAGAUCGUAUAAAGAAAGCUCACCAACUUCCGGCUACAGCAAAAGGAAUUCGAUCUCCAACGGCGUCAGGGACAGUAACGGCAACGAGGUGCCCACCGUCUCCGAGAUACGCAGGAAAUUCGAUCCCAAGAUGACGGUCACCAAACUACCCGCGAACGAUACAAGAAUAUCAGCUAAAAAAUCUGUAGAACAAUAUCUUAGCCAACUGAAGGAAUGUGAAAACGGUUCCAGUGGCUACACUAAGGCUGUGUCUAAGGAGGACCAGCCUGUACCCGUCCAUUUGCCAUACGUUGAAAAGAACGGAAUAAGUCAUAGGUGGGAAGUUGGCUCGUCCAGUUCCAGAUCGAAUUCAAACUCUGAUAUUUCAAUCAGUAAGACAAUAUCGGAGCCCGUGUCACUCGCUAAACCUAAAGUCGAUAACACCACUAUGUCAAUUUCCUUUACGGCGAAGUUACCUUCUGAAAGAUUAGCUAGCAUCAAAAGUCAAUUAGAUCCUAAUAAUCCUAUUGGAAAGAUAUUAGAAAAAUCAACAGUGAUACAAGUAGCUAACGGUGAUAUAGACAACACAGAGCGUAACAAACUAGCUAGAAGUAGUCCCGAAGUAAAAGUUAAAGAAUCUCUAAAGAAUGAUAUAGAAAAGCAAGUAAAAGUUCCGAAGCACACUUCGAACUUUGCAUCGUACAUACAAAUAUCACAACCUAUCGCUUCGGGGACUUCCACACCUAAAAUAUCGAAACAAACAGACAUGAACAAUAUUAUUAACGAUGAACUAACUCAAGCUGAACUAACAAUCAAACCGGAACUUAAGAAAAGUAAAGUCAAUUUGAAAUAUAUAGACUCUGAGCAGGAGGACCGCCUAGCUUUAGAGGAAGUAGAAUCUCCCAGUGGCACUGGUUUUGAGAACAAAACCUUUGAACACGAGAACUAUUUGAAGAAACGAUCCGAGAAAGAUGUAGACGAGAAGGAACUAGAAGACGGUGUGAAGUCAAUGGAAACGAGCACAGAGAGUACAAUCAGCGAGCCCACAGAAGACUCCAGUCCUGAAACCCCGUCAUCUAGAAGACGAAUCCUGGAUAUAAAGGAUUACGAAGAUAUUAAAGCGGAAUUGGCCGGCGGCAAGAGCGGGCCUAGCGGGCUCCGGCGCAGCAGUGAGCGCUCCGACUCGGCAGAGCCGAAGACUGAGCGACAGGCCAGCCACACCAGCGGUCUGAACGGUCUGCGCAACAUUGGCAACACCUGUUUCAUGAACAGUGUGCUGCAGUGUCUGUCCAACACGCGGCCGCUGCUCGAGUACGUGUCGGAGGACAAGCACGGACAGGAGAUCAACACCACGCUGUCCUGCAUGAAGGGCGCGCUCAUCAAGGCGUUCGCAAGUGUAAUAAAGGAAUUGUGGCGAAGCGGCGAACGCGACGCCGUAGUGAAUACAACCAGCCUCAAGUCCCAGGUGCAGCGCUUUGCUCCCCGCUUUAUGGGAUACAGCCAGCAAGAUGCACAGGAGUUCCUACGAUACUUGCUGGAAGGUUUGCACGAGGAUGUAAACAGAGUCACCAUCAAACCUAAACCUAUCCUUACAGAAAUCGAUGACAAUCUCAGUGACAGUGCGAAAGCGGCGGAGGCGUGGUCGCGUUACCUCCGCAUGGAGGACAGCCGCGUGGGAGACAUCUUCAUGGGCCAGCUCAAGUCCACGCUGCGCUGCACGCACUGCAACCACGACAGCGUCACCUUCGACCCCUUCUGGGACCUUAGUCUGCCGAUCCCGUCGCGCACGGGCAACCUGAAGUUGCAGCAGUGUUUGCAGCACUUCGUGCGCGAGGAGGAGCUCGACGGCGAUGAGAAGCCGACGUGUUCAAAGUGCGGCGUGCGGCGGAAGUGCCUCAAGUGGUUCACGGUGCAGAAGUUCCCACAAGUCCUGGUGCUACAUCUUAAGAGGUUCUCGCCGACGGAGCGCUUCCGCGGCAAGCUAUCUGUAUGCGUGGAGUUCCCGCUGAACGGACUGGACAUGUCGCCCUUCGCCGCCUGCCGCUCCGCGCAGCCAGUCUACAACCUAUAUGCUGUUAGCAACCAUUCAGGUACAACGUACUCUGGCCACUACACCGCGUACUGCAAACAUCCCUACAACGGCGAGUGGCACGAGUACAACGACUCCAGGGUGACACCUAUCAGUCCGCGCAACGUGGUCUCCCCCGAGGCCUACGUGCUGUUCUACGAGCUACAGCGCUCGUAGCGCCCCCACCCCGCGCCGCGCUCCGCUACGCACACUAACACCAACACGAACACUAACACUUACACCAACACUACACUAGUAGCACUAGUUCUAGUCACAAAAGUGUUUCCCGUUAAAUCGAUCGUUUUAUGCUGAUUGAUUAAACAUUCGAUCCGCCCAAUGGGAAAAUACCAUUAGGUCUAUCAGCCCAACGGGAAACACCGCAAGAGCACCAAAGGUGUCUUUAGAAGGCAUACUCUGUCCUCGUGUGAAAGUCUAUUGCUAGUACUAUUAGAAGAUGAAUGUAAUAAGGUGCCAGUUAAUUAGUGGUACAUGUAUUGAAAAUUAUGUUUUUAAAUGUUUUUUUACAAUAUGGAUUUGAAAUGAAAAAUGUUGGUUUUAAAAUUAACUUUUUAAUUUUUUUUAAUUGAUUUUUAUUUUAUUUUUUCUCAAUAUGGCGAGUUCGAUAUUCCUGGUCACGUUUAUUUGGAUAAAAAUUAUUGUAGUUACUUGCCAAAAUUUUUUUAACGAAAAGUCUAACUGUUCAGGUAAAAUUGCGUAUUUUAACUAAACAGUUCAACUUUUUAGUUAACUCUCAACUGAGCAUAUGAUUUUUUUAUUGUAAUAUUUAAAAAUACGGUUUUCAAUAUUAUGUACUACGUAUUUCAACCCGAAUAUACAAAAAUCAGUGUUUUUCAGGACGCUCAUUCAAUAUAUCGUCCAAAAUAGUAUAUAAUAGUUUGGAAUGGCGUACCGAGCUUGAAAUGCUAAAACAGUGAUUAUUAUGGAAUUAAGUAGAUUUAUGUCACCGAAAUGCCUCCGCCAAAUGUAACUUGCCGUUCGAAGAACCGACGCACAAACAAAGGUUUUACCUCACCUAAUAAAAAAAAAUAUUGUCUAUGUCACUUACUGAUAAAAUAGCUUUCUAAUAGUGAAAGAUUUUUUGAAAUCGCCCCAGUAGUUUUUGAGUUUAUUUAUUACAUAUAAUAAUAAAAAAAAACUCUUAUUUGAUUUGAAUAUUAUAUACAGCCAAUUCAAUUUUAUUGAAAUGAAUAGAUUUUGGAAUAUCAGAAACAUUCUAGUCCCUUUUUUAUAAUUUUAUCAAAGAGGAAAAAAAAUAUUACCUUUUUUAAUAGGGAAUAUGCAUUUUUUUCUUU